CGCAAGGUUUUAUAUAUUCGUCCAUUUGGCGAAUGGAGUUCAGUUUGGUGCUUAAGCGCGGGGCGUGUAUCUCGUACUCUGGAUUAGCUGGUUGGAUAUCGCCCACAUCGCUGAACCUUAAAUUAGCUUCUAAAAUUGUGCUACUUCUGAAGUGAGUGUAUGCAACAAACUAUUUGUUCGUAAAAAGAGCAUAAUUUCAAAAGCAAAAUAUAAAUUUUUUAAACACUAAAAAAUUCUUGUUUGGAAUUGAAAAAAAACUGCAAAAUAUUGUGUUGUGCCAAAAAAUAUUCGCAAUGUAUAAGAAAAUGUCGGUCAAGUGGAAAUUGCUUAAUGGAUUACAAGUGUCAGCUGUUCUGUUGGCGCUAAUUGCACUUAACACGGAUAUACAAACAGUGCAGGCGGUACGUGUGAGCGGACAGCGCGGCAAAGAUCAAGCGACUGCCGGCUCGCUGUUCACACCACGUAUCGCGACUACAUCGCCAUUGGAGUCACCAUUUUUCUCUGCCACACAUGGCGUCGUACAGACACAUCCCUCAUUGGGCGCCAGCGUACCCAGUCCACUGCCUUUGAAUGGCAAUAGUCUGGGUAGCGGUGGCGGUCUGUCCAAUACGCUUAGUGUUGGCAGUGGUUAUCUGAAUUCGCGUGGAAAUUUGCCAAAAUUCAAUACAGCACGGUAUCCGACUAUUGCGAACACCGUAGUCGAUCCCAAUCCACAAUCGCCAUUCCGUCAUUUGGAUUUCUCCACCAGUGCCACCGCCGAAUUAAGGCGCAAUCCGACAUUAUCGGCGCCAGAUGAGUGCGCACGUGCCUGCCGUGAGGGUGAACCACCACGUAUCUGCUACUAUCAUUUCACUAUGGAAUUCUACACCGUGCUGGGCGCCGCUUGUCAGGUGUGCACACCGAAUGCCACCAACACCGUGUGGAGUCACUGUCAAUGCGUGCUUGCCGAUGGUGUUGAACGUGGUAUACUCACCGUGAACCGUAUGAUACCCGGCCCCAGCAUACAGGUGUGCGAGAAUGACAAAGUUGUUAUCGAUGUGGAAAAUCAUAUGGAAGGUAUGGAGACAACGAUUCAUUGGCACGGCAUUUGGCAGCGCGGCUCACAGUACUAUGACGGUGUGCCAUUCGUGACACAGUGUCCCAUACAGCAAGGCAACACGUUCAGAUAUCAAUGGACUGGUAAUGCCGGUACACACUUUUGGCAUUCUCAUCAUGGUCUGCAAAAAUUUGACGGUAUUUACGGCAGCAUUGUGGUGCGUCAGCCGCCAUCACGUGAUCCCAACUCACAUAUGUACGAUUUCGAUUUGACCACACACAUUAUGUUGAUUAGCGAUUGGUUGCACGAAGAUGCCGCCGAACGUUAUCCCGGUCGUUUGGCUGUCAACACCGGUCAAGAUCCCGAAUCGGUGCUAAUUAACGGCAAGGGACAAUUCCGUGAUCCCAAUACCGGUUUCAUGACAAAUACACCACUCGAAAUAUUCACCAUUACACCAGGACGCCGCUAUCGUUUCCGUAUGAUUAACGCUUUCGCAUCCGUGUGCCCGGCUCAAGUGACAAUUGAAGGUCAUACGAUGACAGUGAUUUCCACCGAUGGUGAACCAGUACAACCCGUCGAUGUGAAUACAAUUAUAUCAUUCUCAGGCGAACGCUAUGACUUCAUUAUCAAUGCCAAUCAACCUGUCGGCGCUUACUGGAUACAGGUGCGCGGUCUGGGUGAAUGUGGCAUUCGUCGCACUCAACAGUUGGGCAUUUUGCGUUAUGCGCGCGGCCCCUAUCAACCAGCAUCGGCUCCGCCAACCUACGAUGUCGGCAUACCACAGGGUGUGGUCAUGAAUCCGCUGGACGCACAAUGUAAUGCGCCUAGAAAUGAUGCUGUGUGUGUGAAUCAGUUGAAGAGUGCUUUGGAAAGCGAUCGUGGUCUCUUGGCGGAGAAACCGGAUGUGAAGAUUUUCUUGCCAUUCCGCUUCUACGUUUAUCGUCCAGAAGAACUGUUCCAGCCCAACACUUACAAUCGUUAUUUGGUUGCGCCCUCUGGUGAUCACGUCAUCUCACUGAUCGACGAGAUCUCGUAUUUGUCACCACCAGCGCCACUCACUUCGCAGUUCCAUGAAAUCAAUCCCGAACAGUUUUGUAACGGUGAUAAUCGUCCGGCAAAUUGUGGCCCCAAUUGCAUGUGCACGCACAAAAUCGAUAUACCGCUGAAUGCGAUCGUGGAAAUUGUGAUGGUUGAUGAAGUUCAACAACCCAACUUAUCACAUCCAUUCCAUUUGCACGGCUACACUUACAGUGUCAUUGGUAUUGGACGCUCGCCGGACACCAGCGUUAAGAAGAUUAACUUGAAACACGCCCUAGACUUGGAUCGACGAGGUCUGCUGCACCGUCAAUACAAUUUGCCACCACAAAAGGACACAAUUCCAGUGCCAAAUAAUGGUUAUGUUGUAUUGCGCUUCAGAGCCGAUAAUCCCGGUUUCUGGUUCUUCCAUUGUCACUUCCUCUUCCACAUAACGAUCGGCAUGAAUCUCGUUUUGCAGGUCGGCACGAACGCCGAUUUGCCACCAGUGCCACCAGGCUUCCCCAAGUGUGGUGAUCACAAGCCACCCAUUCCCAUUAAUUAAGCAUAACAUAACCUAAAUGGUGCCAAAUUCUUUCUAGACUUCAUCCAGUGUAUAGAAAGUGAAAGAAAAUAAAAUUUAGUAAAAAAAUAUUAAUAUAAACAAGCCACAAAAGAUGAUACUUUAUAAUAUUGUAAUAAAAAAAUAUGUGCUUUGUACAAAUAAAAACAGCCACGAAGCGUAAAGCGAAAAGAGCACAGAAUUCCGAUUAAAAAAAAAAUCCCACAAAAUUGGCUGAAAAUCUUUACCAAUGAAAAGAAUUAUUUCAAAAGCACGUGAUUCAAAAUAAAAAGCGUGAAAGUGAAAGCUCCCAACUAUGGCUCAAAAGAGCAAAAUGGCACAAACAACAAUAACACAAAAUGGCUGAGCAUAAAGCACAAAACAAAAACUAACAGCGUUUCUAAAUGAUAUUCCGUCUAACAAAAGACAAACCAACCAAAUUUUGUGCUUUUUGAGCUUUACGAAUGCGCAAGCUUUCCCAACAUAAGACUUUGCAUUUACAUGCAUAUGUAUGUAAAUGUAUAUGCGUGAAUGAGCACACGACACACAUGCACACUUCAGAGAGGAAUGGCACACGAGUGGCGAGGUUAAAGCGAUCUUGAGUGGGUGUUUACAGAGUGGAGCGAACGCGAACAUUAAUUCCGUAGGCGAGCCGAGAAGGAAGCGAUUCCAGCGAACGCGUCGUCGUUUGUGAGCAGCAGUCAUAAAUAAAAAAUAAAACAACAACACCUAUACGAUAUACAUAUAUAAUAAUUUUAUUGAUUUUCUUUUGUUUCUAUCUACUUCUUCUACUUUGUGUAUUGUAUUUCCAUUUCCAUUUGACUUAGUUUAUAAUUUUUAAGCUAAAAAUAUGACUGUAAAAUAAUUAAGUGGCUUCAUUCUUCUUAUUUGUAUUUGUUAGUUCCUCCUAUUUCUGCAAAACGAAAAUUUCUUGCGACCAUCUCUAGGUACACACUUGCCUUUAAUUUGUUUUUGUUUCAAUUUGGUUUUGUUUUUUUGUUUUUUGUUUUUUUUUUGUGUAAUAAUUAUAGCGACUAGUAGACUAUGUAAAACGAUAUACAUAUGUACAUAUAUACAGAAUUGUCUAUAUGUAUGUGUAACUUGUAGUUAUAAAAAAACAACAACUUAUGUUUUUGUUAGCAAGUGUGUGUAGUUAAACGAAAAUUAGGCUUGAAACUGAUAGCGAAACUUUAUAUGAACGUCUGUAUGCACAUAAGUACAUAUCUGCUGACGCUUCGAAUUUCAAUUUCAUGCUAGUUUUGUAUGUACGUAUAUAAGUUACCCCAAAAACAAUGGCACCAAUAAAUCUGCAACAAUAACACAAACAUACAUAUGUACAUAUGACAGUAUCUAGUAUUAAAUAUAUGCACAUAAACCGUUGUAAAUACUACUACUAUGCAUAUGUGUCAAGAAAUAAGUAUACCAUAUACUUACACACUUACAUAUACACAUACAUAUAUACAUACACAACAAAAAGCAUAAUAACCAAAUAACUAUAGACACGUUUACAUAUUUACAUCGACGGUAUGUGGAUGUAGCGCUGCUUAACUGAAAGCAACGCUGCACCCGCUACUAUCGCCAAGAAAACGAAAAUUAAAUGUAAAUACUCAAAAAAAAAA